UUCCUGCGUCACGUGACUUUCGGCAAAAUUCUGGUUGUCAGACGCCAUCUUGGCAGUAAACAUGACGACCAGUGGCGGCGCCAGCGAUUUUAAACAGAGCGAGUACACAUCUCAUUUUAAUUCCAGUGAAAUUCGGCUUUAUACAACAAAAUUACAAAGAUUAAACAUUAGCGACCCUUAUAAUGCACCCGGUGUGCUUUUCAAGAGCAUCUCAUCCUGCCCUGAAGAUGAUUUACCCGACUUGCGCUAUGCUGACAUCCACAGCUAUCUGGUAAACUUCCCAUCCGUUUACUCUGGGGACUCACUCAGAGCGUAUAAAAGCUUGGAGGCGUAUAAAUGGUGUCAGUCCGGCUUCGUCACGCACAUUCAGCUGUGGAGUAUUGCAUCCAAAAACUGCGGCAUCAUCACUGCAAGGGUCAAUCACUCCCAACGGCUGAAUGACAGUCAGCUAAAGCCAUGGGUGGUGGUGAGGAGUGACGGUGUCGUAUUAGGAGCACACUGCAACUGUACAGCGGGACUCGGGGAGAGCUGCUCUCAUGUGUCAGCUGUGCUCUUCAGACUGUGGGAGAAAAACAAUGCAAGGCACGAGGAGAUCAGCUGCACGUCUAAAAAGUGCAAGUGGGCCUCUCCCAGUGAGGAUGCUGCGAAGAAUGUGGAGUACCAGCAGGGCAAGGACAUCAUAUUCAACAGCAGUCAAAAAAACAAGAAGGGUAAUUCCACCAAGGGUACCUCUGCGCCACCAUCUUUCCCACCCCUGACUGCUGCCGAGCAAGCUCAACUCUACAAGAACCUUUCUCAGUGCCACACUCAAGAUGGGAAGUCCUGCAGACCUGCCGUCCUGUCAGUUGUUCCCGGUUAUGCCACAUCUUAUAUACCCAAGGCUGUCAAGCUGGAUUUACCCGAACCCCUCACCAGUUUGUACGACAAGAAGGCAAGAGACCUGAGCCUGGCUGAGCUACAAGAACAGGCAGAAGGAAUAUUUGAUGACUUGGCUGUCACUGAAGAACAGAGUGAUAUUGUAGAGGAGGAGACCCAAGCUCAGUCCAAAUCCAGAAUUUGGUACGAUCAGAGGAGUGGUAGGGUGACAGGAUCUACCUUCAGAGCAGCAACCAGAACAGACAUCAGAAAGCCAGCAGUGUCUCUCAUGAGACAGAUUUGUUACCCAAAGUCCCAUGUUUUCACCAGUGAGGCUACCAGUCCAUAUGGUGUACAAGAAAAUGAGUGUGAGGUAAAUGCAAACAGAGAGGGUAAAUGCAAUGGGGAUGCAAGAAUGAAGAACUGGCCAGAAGUUAUUACGAAAUGCAGCAUCGACUAUCACACACAGAUGUCCUGGUGCGACCAGCCGGAUUCAGAAUUUCUACUCAGCACCCAUUUAUCGGGGCCUCACCUGAUGGCAACAGUGGUGCUACUGCCGUGCACCUGCGGCAGGGAACAUGCUCGUUUGUGCCUCAGGGUUCUGUGCCGUGAAGAGGUUCCACCAAACCUGCCUCCAGCUGAAAAGGGUACCAAAACAGUGGCUGUGUCCAAGCUGUAG